CCCUGUCCCUACUGCAGCCACCACGGCCGCAUCUUCCAAACCGCCGACCAGCUGUUCAGCCAUGCCACUGUGGAACAUGCACCCGUUGUGCAGGCCAUGGACCCCGCCCAGGCCCGUGCCCAGGUGAGAGAGGCGGCCCUGAAGUUGAAGGGCGUGGACCAAUCCUCGGACGCUACCGCUGGUGGGGGUUCCGCCCCCGAUAUCACCACCCUGUCACUGGACCCAGCCAAGGGCCGCCAGUCCCCUUACUCGGGAAAGAAGAGGCCCGCUGAAUCCGAGUUCCAUGCUCGCCGAGGAAAGGUCCCCGGUCACACAGACAUCUACGACCCGGACUUCGCCAGAGACAUGCCGCAUACCAUUGUGGCGGAACGACCUAGGCCGAAGCCCAAGGACCCUCGACUCUUCGACCCCGCCCACACUUCGCGGGGUACUGCAUCCCCUUACCGGUCCACACCAGAGCCACCGAGCGAAUGGUCAGUGGAGGCCAACCGCAGCCAAUUCCAGUCCUCCCAACCGCCCCAAUCGCCAACCCGUCCGCUGGCCCAUCGAGGUCCCGCCGCCCAGACAUAUAGCCCCAAGCCCUCGGUUUCCCCGACCCCUCCCCGCCAACCAGGACUCAUCGAGAUACAGAGAUAUGACCCACGCUACCCCGGUCUUCUUCUGCAGCCGGACUCCAGGCCAAUAUCCCAGGAACAACUGGCUUCCGAAGUGAAAUCUAUCUAUGCCGGUCUGACUAUGGUAGAGACCAAGUGUAUCCAUGUCGAUCGCGCUCAAGCAGCUGCUUUACAAGAUAGCUCAGAUCCGAACUCAAGGUUGGCAAGCGAUCACUGGCAGGCGCUCAUUGCUCUCCAUAGAACUCUCCUACAUGAACACCAUGACUUUUUCCUCGCAUCCCAGCAUCCUUCGGCGUCACCUGCUCUAAAAAGGUUGGCGGCGAAGUACUCGAUGCCUGCGCGCAUGUGGAAGCAUGGGAUUCACUCUUUCCUUGAGUUGCUGCGACGCCGGCUUCCUGAGAGCAUAGAUUAUAUGCUUGCUUUCAUUUAUCUGGCCUACCAGAUGAUGGCUCUUCUCUAUGAGACCGUGCCCGCAUUUGAGGAUACUUGGAUCGAAUGUCUAGGCGAUCUCGGUCGCUACCGUAUGGCAAUUGAGGAUGAGGAUAUCCGGGACAGAGAGACCUGGGCUGGCGUCGCGAGAUCCUGGUACUCCAAGGCCGCCGAUAAGAAUCCCUCCGUUGGUCGCUUAUAUCACCACCUGGCGAUCCUGGCCCGGCCCAACGCCUUGCAGCAGCUAUAUUACUACGCCAGGUCCUUAACUUGCGUCAGGCCUUUCCCCAGCGCCCGCGAAUCCAUCUUAACGCUGCUGGAUCCAAUUCUUGGCCGCUCUAAUGCCUCAUAUUCUCAUGCGCUUGCAAUUGAUACCAGCUUUAUCCAAGCUCAUGGAGUCUUGUUUGGCAAACUUUCCGAGGAGAGAUUCCAGGACGCCCGUUUGGCCUUCCUCAACCAGUUGGACAACCACAUCGGCCGUGUAACUGCCAAAUGGAAAGAGCAGGGGGUUUACAUCGCCGUGACCAACAUUGCAGGCCUCUUCGACUAUGGUGCAGAUGACUCCGUCCUCCGGCAGAUCCUGGCCCUCCACAGCAAGCAACAGGCCCGUCCGGCAAGCCCAUCCUCGCAAUCUGACGAGGAUAGCCAGUCUCCGUCACCCGCCGAGCCGGAACCGUCCCUUCCUCCUAUUUCCGAAUCAGAAGUUGCCCCGAAGCUGGCCAAUCUUUCUACGGAUUUUACGUACACCAAAGCCUACUCCUUGACCAUGUCGACACUCUCGCUAGUCCUCCGCCGCAUUGGCGACAAGAACGUGCUUCCUCACGUCCACGUGCUUCUCUCGUUCCUUUCCAGUUUUGCGUCUAUUAAAUACGUUGCCCAUCUUAUCGACCACGCUCCUUGGACCGAACUUGUGUCCUUCCUCAAUACGUUAGUCAAGUCUGAACGUCCGGAACAAAUCAUGCCGGGUGCCGUCUUCCCAGCGGACCAAGCCGAUAACCUGCCUCUGCCCGAGGAUUAUCUGAUGCGUGGUCAGAUUUGGAGCCAAUCGUACUUCCCCGAGAACUGGUUUGCGAGAGAACACGAUGAAGAGGAUCGCUACCUGGAGCUCGCCAGCACGAUCAAGUCACGGACAGAGAGGGUGUUGCACCUUGGCUACCGGUUAUCAACAUUUCGUCGCUGGAUUUCUUACGACAUCCAAACACAUACGUUUUCCGUU